AUGAGGACAGCCGGACUGGCGUCGCCGACGCCCCUCUCCCCGUUGCCGAGGGCCAAACUUCGGAAGGCCCAUGCUGUCGUCGACGAAAGCGACGGGCUUCUCGAUGGCAUCCGGCAGUCGCAUUCGUUCGACGAAACCCGGGCCCCGAUGCUUGGGACGGAUGGUCGCCGUCCGGCCUCAUUCGACUGCACCAGUCGGGCUCCGCAACCUGAGGCUCCGGUUAGAGCUCCUUCAUUCGAUCUGGGGCGAGGGCUGGACUUGCCGACUAGGCUGGGAUUGACUCUGCCGAAUAUGUUGCAGAUGCACCCAAACUCCCUGUCCCCCUUGCCACCGUUAAGCGGAAUGUCCGGUGGCCUCUCACCACUCCAUCCGGGUCUCUCAUCCUCCCUCACUUCCGCUUUUUCCGCCGUCGACGUGCCCAGGCUGAUGGUGCACUCCCCGAUUGAAAAUAGAUCCCCGAUCCCGGGCCUAUCCCCCAGCCAUCAUCCGUCGGCGGAUAUUCGUCUCCUGACAGUCCCCUCUCCCGACCCAUCUGCUCGUCUACUCGGUGCCCUCACCGUCGAGCACUUCAGAAGAUCUCCAGAUUCCUCGCGGUCGCCUGUCGGCGACGCAGCAGCCGAAGUGUUGGCCUCGAUGAACAACGCGAUGCUCGGGCUGAACGGGCAGUCAUUCGGGCUUGGAAUGGGGUGGGGAGCGGCGGGUCCGCAGAAAAUCGGAUUAUCUCACUUAUCACAACAGGAAAGCGGUGAUUCGCUUGGCGAUGACGGCAGUAUGGGAAUCGAUCUCGAGGGGUUGGCCCCGCAUAUCGCACAGAUGGCUGCCCAGGCGCAACUGGCCUCGCCCGAGUUGAUGGCCCAAAUGCCACCCAAGUCGAUUAUACAAGAAGAAGUCCGUAAUGGCGGCGGCCGCUUUCAGCUGGUCCGGAAACGCGGAAGGAGCGAGGUGUGGAACCUGUUCGGACAGGUGCUGGACACGCUGACCGGGGUGCGGUUGCCGUACGUCGCCUGCUACGCGUGCAAGGUGCUGUACACGGACACGGGCGGCGGAACCGGAAAUAUGACGCGCCAUCGAUGCCCGAUCGGGACGUCGUAUCGGAAUAGUAUGCCGAGUACCUCCUCGGAGACGGCGGAAGGCGCGGCGACGUCCUCGUUCGACUCGAUGUCGUCGGCGCAGAUGCCGAGGAAGAGGAGUUGUACGCCGGAUCGGAAGCCACAGGCGAAUAAUAACGAAGGUGCCUCCUCCCCACUCCCGUCCUCCAAUCGUCAACCCUCCCUCCAUAGUGGCCAUCCAUCGCCCGGUGCAGUAGGCGACGUCGAGAAGGAGCUGCUCGCAGAGACCGCUGCCCGCGCAGCGGCUAUUGAUCUGCGCCCCACCCAGCACUUCACUAGCGCUGGUUUCCGCCAAAUGUGUGGUCGUCUACUGCUGCUUGGGCGUCGUUACGGGCAGUGCUCACCUUCGGAUAUUUUGCCGGAUGAGGCGAUGAUCCAGAAUUCUCGGGACAACCUGCUCCGCUUCUCGCUUGAGGAGAUUAGGAGUGAACUGCGUGGCGUCGGGGUCGAAGUGACGUUGUCGGUGGAGAAGCUUGAAUAUAAAGGCAUCUGGAACGUCGUGUGGGCGUCUCGUCUAACCCGAAACUGGAACCUCAAGCACCUCAUCAUAGGUGUCUACCCAUCUUCCGUUACGGAAUGUGAUGCUAUUCGGCUCGCCCUGAAACACCUGAACCUGACCCUCGACCCGGAGCACACCAGAACCCUUGGCCUACCGCAGACGUCCGAAAACUUUGAGAACAUCCCCGAUAUUGGCGCCGUGCUCGAGCAGGCCGAGGUCGCCGGGUUGCCAUGGUCUUCAGUUGGUGACCUCGACGCAUUCCUCGAGCCCUUCCACGAGUCGUUGACGGCGCUGGCGAACGAGAUGCAGCCGACGCUGAAUUUGGUGAUCCCCGAGUGGUCGGCGCUGGUGCACGAGUGUCGCGUCGAAGAAGAUGACGACCGUCUUGCUCCCGGCCUUCGAGCAAUGAAGCAGCAGGCUUCACAGCGUCUCGAAGAAGCCGCCUCCUCCCUCCAGCCGGUCCACCGGAUGGCUGCUAUUCUGAAUCCAAGGCUCGCCAGAAGCUUGGCGAUAUUGUUCACGGACCAGCAACGCUCCGAGACGUGCCGCCAAAUCCGUGACCUGUGCGGGAUCGCCCCGCGAAGCGGCGAUCGCCCAUCUAGUGGAUCGUCGAUAGACGCCGACGAGCCAUCACGAAAACGUCGUCUUUUCCUGUCCCAGCUCGAAAGCGGCGGCUCGACGGAUGAUGAGCUGGAAUGUUAUAGUCGGAGUCAAUUCCCGACCCAGCAGACCAGGGAAGUGUUGACCUUUUGGAGCACCGCUGGAUCGUCCCAAUUUCCGGCGCUUGCCGGGCUGGCGAGACGGCUAUAUUCAAUGCCGGCCGUCCCGCUGCGAUCCUACAUUCCACCCUCGGCCUGCAUCAGCGCCCCAGAACUGGCCACAACCCUCAUCCUCCGGAGGGCUUUUGAGAAUGAGACUGACGAC